UGUUCAUUCAUUACGGACUGUGCUUGACUGAAACAGGCUCGUCUUAUUUUGCCGAGUGCUUCGUAUUUUUGCUUUCUGUUUUGAGGCUGUUGCAUGCAUAAGUACAUUUGUUGAGUAAAUAACCUACUCGAACGCAUAGAUAUUUUCCUACAUUUGUUUUGACUGCAAGACUCGCCGGUUUUCCUCUGAACGCAACCUCUUCACUCAAAAAAUGGAUUUGGUCUGGAGCCUGUGCUUCGUUGGGAGUCUCGGCGCUUGGUUUGCUUCUGCCGAAAGGCACAGCAUAUAUUGGAAUAACACAAACAGCAAGUUCCUAAGGGACAGCUAUGCGGUGGAGGUGCGUCUGAAUGACUACCUGGACAUCGUGUGCCCCCACUACCCGCUGGGCGAGGUGGCAUCGCAGGAUGCUGAGCGCUACGUGCUCUACAUGGUGGAGCGGGAGGACUACGACACUUGCAAGCCUCAGUCCUACGACCAGAUGCGUUGGGAGUGCGGCCACCCCUUCGCCCCCCACGCUGCUGAGAAGUUCUCCGAGAAGUUCCAGCGUUUCACCCCCUUCACCCUGGGAAAGGAGUUCCGCCAGGGAGAGAGCUACUACUAUAUCUCCAAACCUCUGCACCACCACGGACAGGAGUGCCUCAGGCUCAGGGUAGAUGUCGUAGCUACUGAUGGUUCUCAAGAGGCCAGGGUUGCAACUGGAGGAGCUGCAGCUGUACCUGGAGCUGAGGGUGGAGCACACAACCCCUCCAACAGGCUGCCUGCAGAUGACCCAGUGGUAAUCCUGCCAGAGGUCCAGAAAAGUGUGCGGACAAAUUCGUCGGUGUCAAAGGCGUCCUUCUCCAUCCUGUCAUUGUUUGUCCCAGUCUUAUUAUUGCUGCUGUUACAGUGAGACUACAAAUCUCAUAGACUUGGAGGACAUACAAUGAAGUUGGGUCUGUGGGGAACCACGGGCACAAAAGAGUUCUCAAAGCCCAAGUGCUGGUCACUGGGAGAGGGACAAAUUUGAGUCUCGUAAGUACGGAUGGACACAUGCACUAAGUGUGCCGAAUGAGAAUUUGGUUUGACUUUUGUGGGAAGGCACUGAGCUUUCUCAAGAUGUCAGUAUUUCCUGGAGAGAUUUUGUUCUCUUUAAGGUUAGUGUUUUUGCUCUUCUCCUCCAAAAAAAAACAUUCAUUUUGGAAAAGUGCAGAAGACAAUUUUGAAGAGGAACAUAAAUGGACGAAGAACAAUCACUGACGACAAAAGCUAAAUGACUUUCUUAUAUGGACAACUAUUUGGAUUUGAUAUGAAUUUGUGUUAGAAAAAAAACUGCAUUUAGUGUUACAUCUUCUCUAAGCUUUUGAGCCAAAGAAUACAGUGAUCAUCUCUUCAGUAUUUAACUAUUCUAUUCCAACCUUGACUAUUGUGUUCUGUUUGUGU